UGUCCCAUCCCUGAGAGUUUCCUGCGCUCUGAUUGGCUGAAAGUUUGGGCUGUGGUGCUGAGCUAUAAAAGCCACAGUGAGGUUUUGCUGGAGUUCAGAGUGAAAUCGGGAGCUGGUUCAGAGUCGGAGCUGCAGCUCACCAUGACCUUCACUGCCCGGAAUAUCCUCACUGCCUCCGGAACGCUGUCCCAGUAGACUCGCCUCACCUGCCCUGAGUCAGCAAUUCACUACUGAAGUGAACUGAAGCUUCAGAGGUUCUUUUUUAUUAUUUUUUCCUCGUUUAUAGUCAGGGUCGGUCAUCAGGGGUCAUGGCCAAUACGUGCCUGCAGUUGACCGGCUUUCUGGUCAGUCUGCUCGGCUGGGUGGGCCUCAUCAUCGCCACGGCGACUAACGAGUGGGUGGUGACCUGUAAGUACGGCAUGAACACCUGUAAGAAGAUGGACGAGCUGGGGAACAAAGGGCUGUGGGCGGAGUGCGUGACCUCCACGGCGCUGUACCACUGCAUCUCCCUCAACCAGAUCCUCGAGCUGCCCGCGUAUAUCCAGACGUCGCGGGCUCUGAUGAUAACGGCCUCCAUGCUGGGUUUACCUGCUGCCGCGCUGCUGCUGGUGUCCAUGCCGUGUGUGAACCUCGGGGGUGAAGGACAGAGCGCCAAAAACAAGCAGGCCCUGCUGGGAGGAGCUCUGACUCUCAUAGUGGCUCUGUGUGGGAUCAUAUCCACCGUGUGGUUCCCCAUUGGAGCCCACCAGGAGCAGCCCCUGAUGUCGUUCGGCUUCUCCCUGUACGCCGGCUGGGUGGGAGCUGCGUUCUCUCUGCUGAGCGGCUGCAUGAUCGUCUGCUGUUCCCUGGAGUCUCCGGCGCCGUACGCGGACAGCGGCCGAUUCUACUACUCCAAACACGGCCAGAGCAACCCCACCAGCCCCUCCUCCACCAACCACGCCAAGAGCGCGCACGUGUAGGCCAGAGGAUUACUGUACAGCUGCCCAGAGGAGCAUAAGCAUCUUAUUCCACUCAGUCAAAUCCAUCCUCUCCCUCACUCUCACUCUCCUCAGUGCUUCAUCUCCUCUCUCUGAGCUUACUGGAGGCCCUCCGGUCACUAUAUGGAUUUUUGCUGUCCGCUUGAGCCGAUAUCCAGGCCUCAGGAUCAUCCGAACUCGGACAGAGUUACGUAACACAGGCUGGACAGUGAUUAAAAAAACCUGCUGCCAUCAGGGGACUCAGACUGAAGGAGUUUUUUUAAUGAGUGUAAUUUUGUGAUUUGUGCACUGUGCUGCGCUCUUUUAGCUCUUAGUUACGCUUUUUGGGCUGUGAACACUAACAGGUCUUACCAGUAUUUGCUUUUAAUUCUAAAUGUGAAAUACUUUUGUGUCAAUGGGAAGAAUAUUAAAGAGGAAUUCCACCAUUUUUUUCAAAAUUCUUUGCAUAAUUAAACGGUUAAGAUGUAAACAGAGUCAUUCAGAGUGGCUUGGUGUGAAACGCUC